GAAAAUAGGGCCGUUCCUACAAUCCCCAUUCAUCUAGCGCUUAAACGGCGUAUCUUUGCAGGUGCUUAUUCCUGAUGCUAAUCCAGGCCAGAAUUUCUUAUUCCUGAUGCUAAUCCAGGCCAGAAGUUCGAUUAAUCGAUUAUCACUUGAAUGAAAUUCCAGGACGAUCUCUUGGCCUUUAUCUAAUGAGUGUUGGUCACUAUUUGCUAAAACCGUAUUUCUGGGAUUAAAAAAGAAUGCUUGAGAUGUACUUUGACGCUCUUUGUUCGGGACGUUGACGAAAGCCACACAAGCAAAGCGUUCGAACAAGAAGCGGUUGAAUUAAGCUAGAAGAAUGAAGGAAAGCAAAGCGAGGGUUUGGCCUUUUACGUACCCAAUAAAGAUACUGAUCUUCAUCAUCAUUCAUCUCCUACACUUUUCUUUUACAAAAGACGGAUUCGACAAUGUAUGUCCCGAAAUGAUGGUGAAGGAGAGAAACUUCUCAGGCUUCGAUUUGAUAAAAAUCAUUAAGUUAGAAGGGUCUGCGGUAACUUUCUCUGGAAUUCGGAAAGUAAAAGGCUCCAACAACAUGCACAUUGCUUACCGUCUACAUCCAAAGAAAAUUCAACUCCGCCUACCUAUGAGCUCACUGUUCCCUCUCGGCUUGCCAAGAGAAUUCUCCUUGAUUGCUACUUUUCGAAAACGAAAUUUUCGAAAAAAACCUUGGCAUUUACUCCGAAUGGAGGGGCUAGGAGGAGACACCCAGUUUGGAAUAACGGUCAAGUCGAAGAAAAAUCAGUUGGAGGUUUACAUCGUUGAUAAUCAGAGGGAGUUGCAGACGGUCAGAUUUCAAGAUAUUAAUAUCAAUGAUAAGAAGUGGCAUAAGAUAGCGAUCAGUGUGUUCAAAGAUAGUGUCAAGUUAAUGAUUGACUGUCGGAAAAUGUCAUCAUUUCCAAUCAGCCAUCCUGCAUUAAUUGAUGCGAAGGGAGAACUUAUCAUCGCAAAAUAUGUCAAUGAAAAGAAGGGUGUACCUAUAGAGCUACAGUGGAUGGUAAUAAACUGUGACGCCUCGUGGCCAGAGUUGGUAAAAUGCGAUGAGCUCAUUACCUCUAAUAGGAUUCGAGAACCUCAAGGUGCAGAGAAUGAGAAUGUUUGUGCAAUGUGUUCUCUCUCUCUCUAUAUAUAUAUACAUACAACAUCUACUGUUUCAUAA